AUGGAGCAUAAGAUUAAGAAGGCGAUUGAUUGCUUAGGAAAAUGGGUUCUUUUGGUUGGUACGCCUAACGUAAUUACUUUUGGGACUUUGAUUACUGGGUUGUGUCGAACAGCCAAUGUCACGUUUGCCCUUCAGUAUUUAGAAGAAAUGGUUAAUGGGAAUGGUGAAUUUGGUGUCACUUACAAGACAGAUAAAAACUUUGGAAAGCAAUUAACUUCUGACUCUCGAUAUGAGACUGAGUUCAGCACCAAAACUCAACUUGGUAUGGAUGGUUAUGGACGAGUUGUAAAGGCUAUGAACAUGUUGUACAAAAAAAUUUAUGCCAUCAAAACUAUAGAAUUUAAUGAUGACAACAGUGAAAAGGUUUUGAGGGAGGCGUGGGUUGAGAAGAAAGAUGAUGUUAAACAAGAUUUCAAAGGAACUAAUAUCAAAGACAGUUUGGAAGGAAUACGCCAUAUGCAUGAGACUUCUGUAGUUCAUUGGGAUUUAUCAACAACCAAUAUCUUAUUGGACGAUUCUGACAAUGUCAAAAUUAGUGCUUUUGGACUUGCAAGGAUUUUCUAUAGGGGUAUACCUCAUGGCACUAGUUCUGACAUGUCGGAAGUGUCCAGGCCACCUGAAGACUUUGACAAUGCUGUAAAAGUUGACAUUUACGGCUUGGGUUCGAGCUACUAA